AUGGGGAGUGCUUGGCCGCCCUCCCGACCAAAAGCGCCUACGGCCAUCCCGCCGCACUGGACUGCGCAGACUGCAGGCUACAACCCUGCUGGGGAUCCGUUGCUAGGCCAAUCCUUCGGCCAGUCGUUUGGCGGCUCUUUUGGCUAUGCCGGGACACCAUCGCCGACAAGAACUGACCAGCCCGCCAGUUUGGGAGGAGCUGCUGUAGCUUCGAACGAUGUUCCUCAUACAGAUGAGAGUGGCGCGCUCGCCGACCAUGGGGAACAUGUUGUCGCAGGCGGAGGAGGCCAUGACCAGCACCAUCACGAGAUGUGGUUAGUGCAAAGCAUCCAAGCAAGCCCGUGGAGAUUCUAUUUCGGCGGGUUUUGCUGCCUUCUGUCGUGCUUCCUUCUCAUCGCUGUUCUGCUGCUGCUGGGUGUUCCGAUUCUGGACCCCCGCCCAAAUGAUAUCGUGCCGGUCAUUCUUCGAGAACACAUUGCCAAAAAAAGGCAGGAUGCAGGCCGAAGUCUCAAGGAGGUUGCCUUGGCUUGUCCUGGCUGUGAAGAUUUGAUGGAGCGAUCCGAGCGAAUGUUCUAUCUGCACAUCAUAUACGAAGUGGAACACGAGUCUGGCACCCUCUGGGAAGCCGACAUUCUCCAAAGUAUCCAUGAAGUGGAGCAGAAAGUCUUCGAGGCAAAGGGCCUCGGACCCGAUGGCAAGGAGUGGGCUUUUGAGGAUAUGUGCUUGCUGGCGAAACCUAACGAAGAGCUCAAGGGAUUGGGCCGGGAGUUACCGAAGACGCCGAAGUGUGCCUUUGCACUUUCUCCCCUUCUUUUCCUGGCAGACAAAGUGCUGCCUUUAGCCGACCCUCCGCCUUUUCAGCUGAAAAACCUACGCCGAACGGGGUAUCUGUGGAUCAACGAGUCGCACCAUCAGUGGACAGAUCACUUGACGCGCUGUGUCGUACCUCCCGAGGAGGCACAGAAGGAAGAGAUGGAAAAGGUCACUGGCAGUUGGUUCAUGAGGAAGGCCACGGAGUAUUACGACAACAGGUUGGGCCAGGACCCCAGCGAGGACAUUGUGGAUGACUGGUGCAGCGCUGCAUCCAGCCAUCUGCCCCCGGAGAUGAGAAAUUGUGGCUGCCUGGCCCUUAUCUACAACGACGUGCAAAUGGCACAGAACUGGGACAUCAGCCUGCAGCAGAUGUGGGAUUUCAAGAAGGGCUUCCAAAAGCUCAAGAACCCCGAGGCCAGCAGCGCAUACGUGGCAAAGGUCCUCGAUUACUGGACGAGCUAUGAUGAUGACUCGGUUGAGCUAUGCCGACGCAACUCCGAGAAAUGCCCGUGGAAGAAUGCUGAUCGCAGGCAGGAUGCGAAGUUCUGGAGCAACCAAGCCUGCAGCGAUGCCGAGCACAUGGAGCGGCGCAGACGUCACAAAAUGUUGAAGAGCCAAACAUGUGGCGACAAUGCUGGACAUGCCUUUUAUGCCCGGCGUCGGGUGUUGGACCGUGUUGUUCCGCAUCCUUUCGUGAUGGCGGCCUGGGCCCUUGAGCAGCUUUCAGUCGGAGUGUCGGUCCCGACCUCGGGCUUUGAAGCGCUCUCUUGGGCCAUCCCGUUUAUCCGUGCCCAGGGAUUCGAUGAUCGGACGGCGUCGCUGGUCUGGUGGUUGCGAGUGCCGACGCUGGUCCUGCCAAGGGGACAGGCUCGUUUGGACCUGCCCUCUGAGGAAGAACUUGUCCUCUUCCCCAAGAAAUUCCCGGUUGGAGAUGACGAUGCCGGAAGCUGCAAAAUCCGAGAUCACGGCACUUGCACUACCCGGAACACCCAGGUCAAGUCGCUGCAUACGCUUUUCUUCUUUGGUUUUCCCCUGAAAAAUGUGAAUGAACACUGGAGCGGGCUGAAAGCCGAGACAGGCCGAAACGAGGCUUCCGAGUAUAUCAUGGAAUGGAUUUUCAGCACCUAUAAUGACUUGCUCGUGGACUUGAACGCCAAAGCGAAAGGUGGGGUGAUGUCGUUCGAUGCGAACAGCCUCCAAAACGGGAGCCCCCUGCUGAAGCAGUACAUCGCCUACAAUAUCCCCCGAGAUGCACGCUGGAUCACCGCAUCCAUCUUCUUCAUGCUGGGUUACAUCUCUUACACGACGGGCUCCGUCUUCCUCGGCGAGGAGCCAGUGCACCUAGCUUCUACCAAGAUCAUAGCGAUGAUCGUCUUCGCGUUCGGGCCGGCGCUCUUGCUCUACACCAUGGUAUUCGGGCAGCGGUACAUCGGACUGCUGCACCUCAACGGCCUCUUCAUUAUCUUGGGUGUGGGCGUGGACGACGCCUUCGUCAUUAUGGAUGCGUACGGCCAAGAGAAGGCCGAAGCUGAAGCAGAAGGACGACCCACCAACUUCAGUGCCAUCAUGUCGCCAGCGGUGCAUCAUGCCUCGAAGGCUUGUUUGUGCACCUCUUUGACAACUUUCUUUGCCUUCGCCUCGAACUCGGUCUCUGACUUCCCGUCAAUCCGGACCUUCGGCAUGUUUUGUGCAUGCCUUAUCGUGACAAACUUCUUUAUCGACUUCUCCUUCUUCCUGGCCAUCGUGUGCGCGAGCGAGCGCCUGAAGAAGCCGAAGCCACCAACGUCCGCAGCGAUCGAGGAGGCCGAUACGCUGCGACCCAUGGAGAAGUGGUUUCAUGACACUUUCUUCCUUUUCGUCAAGACCUUCAAGUUUCCACUGCUCGGUGUCUUCGGCGUGUGGGCCGCCGUCUGCAUGUGGACUGCAACGUACGUCACGCCUGACCCGAACAUGCCGAAAGUGUUCAUGCCGAGCGACAACUACGAACGCUUUCUGCCAACGCUGGCGAAGAGAUACGAGAAGACCUUUAACCCCUUUCGGCUGAAGGUCCGAAUCCAUCUUGGUGUCGAUGCUGAUGAUCCCAUCAAUCGAGGAACUACGCCUGACUACAAUGACUGCUUCUUCAAUUGUGCCGGGCAGAAGCCAAACUAUGUCGAUCUCUUCGCCACUGCUGGUCCGCACACGCCCGAGAGCAAAAGCAAGCAGAUGAGAAUGCAGAAAGUUGUCCAGAGGCUUUGCGAUAUGUUGGAGGAUGCUUCCGAAUGGGAUGGAGACGAGUCCCGGCUCUCCGAGCACCAACGCGAGUACCCAUUCCUUCGGGUAGCUUCUGCAGAAGAUCUGGCCGGUUUGCCUCCAGUCAAAUGUGUUUUCCGUGACUUUGAGCAUUGGAUUGUCACCUGCUUACUUGCUUGUUUCGAUGUGCCUGAUCGCACGCGAGACUUUUGCCGGGUGAGUUUCCUUCCAGAUGCUUGUCGGCAACACGAGGGCAGCAACUUCUGUUGUGGUGCGGACUCAGACUUCGUCAAGUUUCUGUCGUCGCCAAUGCCUCCUUCGAACAAGAUGUAUCAAUCUGGGCAGCGCAACAUGGAAUUCUUCCAGGAUGAGGUUUUCUUUGACCGUGUAGAUGGCGAACUGGUCCUCCGUGCCAUUGUCAUUGAAGUGGCAUUGAAGACGACUUGGCAGAUUCCUUAUUUGGACGGAAUUGAGCUCAACCGACACUGGGACAAGUUCGUCCAAGAAUUUGCUGCAAAACAAGCAAAGGAUGAAAUGCUUCCGAAGUUGCCGAAGGCUAUCUUCGCUACGGACAUGUUUGCAUUCCACUGGUUCCAGGUGCAGGACGCGAUGAACUCUGAGGUCUUCGAUGGUAUCAAACUGUCUCUGUUUCUGGCCUUCCUAGUGCUUCUCGGAGCAACUCAGAACGUAUUCCUUGCUCUCAUUUCUGUCUCAUGCAUCGUCGCCAUUGUCUCCUCCGUGCUGGCCUUUGCUGUCUGCAUGGACUGGAAGACCAGCGUGUCGGAGGCGAUCAUCUAUGUGAUGGUCAUCGGCCUGUCCGUGGACUACGUGAUCCACCUAGGCGAUGCCUACCUGGAGUGUCCCGACGAGAGCCGAGAGGACCGGGUGCAGUUCAUGGUCACCAAGAUGGGUGUGUCUGUUAUCUCCGGAGCCAUUUCUUCUGCUGGAGCUGCCAUCUUCAUGACGUUCUGCCAGAGCCUGUUUCUCAUCAAGUUUGGGAUUGUGAUUUGCUUCGUCAUCAGCGUCUCCGUGGUGACCUCUCUGGUCUUCUUUUCCGCACUGCUGCUGGUUGCUGGACCAAGCGGCGAGUCUGGCAGUUUGGGUCCCGUUCUGCGGCUCCUGAAGCUGCGGAAGCCUCCUGCAGAGACUGAAGAAGACACAUCGCAAGCCCCGCCUGAAGAGCCGCAGAAGGUGCAACCACGGCUGUACUCCUCGGUUGUCAGAUAUCGGAAGAGUUUGGCCCGUGCCAGCAUGGCCAAUGCUGAUGCCCGAGAGCUGGCGCGGGAGUUGGGAGCUGAUGCUGCUCCGCAGGAGGUUGAGCUGACAGCGGUGUCCCAUAGUCCGGCAGCACGCCAAGGUGCUGAGAUGGAGGACUCUGAGACUUCGAGGCCGGUCUCUCACGAAGAGAGCGAAGUGGUUGACCUCCGUGAUCUGCGGGAAUAA